GUGCCAGUCAAUUGCACGGGCUGGAGCAGAUUCACUUGGUGCCAGUCCAUUUUCUUCACUUGGUGCCAGUCCAAAGGGCAUGGGCUGGAGUUGCUCUCAGGGUAUCAGUUGAAGUGGAAGGAAGAGCGAGCAACCCCUCUCUCUCUGAGUCUCUCUGAAUCUCUGCAAAUCCGGAAUGGCGAAAGGUGACGAUGCAGUGAGGAAGAAGCAGAACAAGGUCAAAAGAAAGAAGCUCCACAACAAGAACGACCGUUCUUCCUCUGCAAUCUCUGCACGCGUAGCCUCCAUUAUUGCUGCCAAGAAGCGCCGCCAUUCCGGAAAACGCAGCAAAUGUCAGGGUAUGUGCUUUAGCCUUCCCACCCUUGAUGAUCCCUUCAACGAUAGGUAUGGUGCAAAGGAUUUUGAGAAGAAAGUAACCAAGAAAUCCAUGCUUCCCAAUAAGCGUGAGAAGGCGUUUUUGAAUGAAAAAAGUGAAGAAACUCUCGAUAUUGAAAUGGUGGAUAGUCCAGCGCAGAAGAAGGAGAUGGUAACAAUUUUGAAGGAUGAGGUAAAGAAAUCACUGACGUCUAUUAAUACCACGGCUGAUAGAAGCCGAAUGGAUCCUGGAGAGACAAAGACUCAGCUGGAUGGGAAUGGGAGCAUCUACGGGCAUCAGGAAAAGGUCUGUGAAAACUUAGAUUGUCCAUCUAAGUAUCUUAUUCAGUGCUUGAAUGCAAUAGAAAAUUCACUUCGCUGUGAUGGUACCUACAACAACGAGGAGGGCAAGCCCUUGUUUGUGAGUACUUGGGGAGUUGAGUUUUGGAAGUGUUAUUCAGCUGGGAAGGAUAUACUCGAGACAAGCGGAACCUCUUCUACAAUGGAGCAAAUUGCAUGGAUGGUUUCCUGCGCUGCUGAUUCAGUUUCUAGAAAGGAUGAAGAAGGUUUAUCAGUCACCAGCCCAUAUCUUUUGUUCCUUGUUCCAUCCCAGGAGAAAGCCACAAAGGUACGUUUAGUAUGCAAACCUUUGAAGGCUCUUGGAAUACAUACAGUGAGUAUACAUCCUGGUGCUUCCUUAGAUUACCAGAUUGAAGGUCUGAAAAGCUCAGAACCUGAGAUUAUGAUUUCAACACCUGAGAGACUUUUGGAGCUUCUUUCCUUGAAUGCCAUUGAUCUAUCUGGGGUUUCGUUGCUGGUCGUUGAUGGACUGGAAUCUUUCUAUAGCGAAGGUUGCUUUGAUAAAAUAAAUUCCAUUCGCCAAUCUUUUAGUGGAAAAACCCAUACAGUUGUUUUCAACGAUUGCCUUAGAUAUGCCUGCGUACGAGUGGUGCAAAAUCUUCUGACAGGAUCAGUUCAUAGAUUAUCUCUAAACAGUUCUCUCACCAGUCAAAGUGCAUGCAUCAUUCAGUCUGUAAACAUGUGUCUUUUGAAAGAAAAACUGCCUAAGGCUAUCGGAAUUCUUGAUCACGCUUAUCGUGGUCGGCACCAGCCUCAGGCUUCAAAGGUACUGUAUAUAGUAGGGAAAGAUGAAAAGCAUCGUAAACUAGCUACUGCGCUAAAGUUCAAGGGUUAUUCCAUCUCAUCUGACUCGGUUCUUUCAGAAGUUGGGAACAGUGUGGAAUCCAAGGGCAGGACGAGGCCUAUAGUCUUCAUGAUUCACAUAGACCAAAUUGGUGCAACCGACUUCAGUGAAUAUGAAUUUGUAGUUCUACCCGAUUUGAUUCUCUCAAUUGACAGUUACGUUCAGAUCCUCAUGAAAAUGGCUCGGUACUCUGUCAAUGGCGUAUUGCAUAGCUUUUUUUCCAGAGAAGACGCAAAGCUCGCUGCACCGUUAAUUAAGAUCCUUGAACAAUGUGGGCAGGCAGUGCCUGAAGCCCUAAGAAAAAUGUCUUCAUAGCAAUGACAUUUGGAUUUGUUUCGCCCAUUUUUAAUUCACCAAUUUUGCCAAAUGUUGUCAUUGAUAAUUGAUUUCUUCUUGCAAGUCUUGUAAUACGUUUUAAUCCUUGUAGUUGAUUGAAAAGACUACUUG